AUGGUUGGGCUCGACGACAAGGCCGCAGAGUCCUUGACAAGGGCUUUUGUGCUUCAGGUGAAGGGCAGAGUCAGCAACAUCGGCCGAGCUUUGGUCCUGGAGAUCAUGGGCUUCGUUUCCGCUCAGCUGACGGAGCAAACGGAAAGCAUCGUCGAUGCUUUGGUGGUCGAACCCAUGGACGUGCUUCGCCAGGGCUUCGCAACGGGAUCUGCCACAACCGUGAUUAUCGCCAAGGAGGAGUUUGCCAAGGCCAAAGGCGAGAGCUCAAAGAAGGGGACUUCGGGCCCUUCGGGCCCUUCGGGCUUGGGAGAGCUCAAGGAUGCCGCCCUCAAGGCCGUGGCCCCCACCAUGGAGAAGAGCAAGGUCUGGGUCAAGAAUGUCAGCGGCGCAGUGAAAGUCGAGCUGAAGAAGUUUCCGACUGUCCUGAAAACCCAAAUGAAGAACCUUACCACGGAGACAAAGGGCUUCUUGCGAGGAAAGCUCUACGAGAGCUUCAAGACACAAAUGGUUCAACUGGCCUGUGACGCGCAAUCCUUCUUGGUGGAGCGCCUUGCAGAAUGGACCGCCAGGCAAAUCUCCAGCCUCCUCACAUCCGUCAAUGAUGGGUCGAAUGGCCUCGGAACAAUCGUGUCAGGCUGGGGGCGCAGCGUGGCGCAGCAUCUGGCAAUCUCGUAG